AUGAAGUUAUUGUUGAUCUUCUUCACACUCAUGUGUGUGACGGACACUGAAGCAGGCUUUAAACACAACCAUCUGAGAAUAACCGCUUGUUCAGACACUGAUGAGGAGGUAAUGUUUGGGGUGAAUGGAGAGGAGGUGUUUUAUGCAGAUUUUAAACAGAAGAAGUUAGUGAAUAUGAUGCCUCAAUUCUCUGAUCCUAUCGAAUACCCCACAGGAUACGAGUUCGCCAAGGGUGCCAUGGACAUCUGUAAACACAACUUAGACGUGAUGACAAAAGCCUUUAAAGACCAGCCUGUGCCUCAGGAUGCCCCACAGAACUCCAUCUAUACUAGAGAUGAUGUACAGCUGGGAGCACAGAACACACUCAUCUGUCACUUCAUGCGUUUCUUCCCUCCACAUGUUACUGUGCGCUGGACCAAGAACGGUGAAGACGUGUCGGACAAAUCCACACUCAGUCAGUUCUACCUGAAUAAGGACAACACCUUCAACCAGUUCUCUCACCUGUCCUUCACCCCACAGGAAGGAGACAUUUACACCUGCACAGUGGAGCACAAGGCGCUGGAUUCACCUGACACCAGGACAUGGGAGGUGAAUGUUGAACUUCCCAGUGUUGGUCCGUCUGUGUUUUGUGGUGUUGGUCUGUUUGUAGGUUUGCUCGGAGUCGCUACUGGAACUUUCUUCCUGGUUAAAGGAAACCAGUGUAACUGAA